AUGAUGAAAGCAUUAGUGGGCUUGGGACAUCUGUUGUCCUUCAGAUGGUAUCUAUUCUUGACACUACAUCCUCAUAAAGUUUACUUCGACAGUUUUUUCACGGGAUUUUCUCUGAUGAAAUAUUUGCAGGACAUUGACGUUAGAGCAACAGGAACUGUUCGAUUCAACAGAAUGAACAAACGCCCUAUUGCAACAGACAAAGAGAUAAGGAAAAAAGAACGCGGGGCAUAUGACUACAGAUUUGAUUCCCGUAAUGAAAUUUUAGCUGUCACGUGGAAUGACAACAGUUGUGUAAGGCUUCUGUCUAAUCAUGAAACUAUCGAACCAAUAUCAAAGAUGAAGCGAUGGAGUAGAACAGAGAAGACAGAUAUUCAUGUUCAAAAAAUACAGAAUCAGAAUAAGGGGGAAGCGAAAUGGAGUAAAACUUUUCUUAAGAAUGCCAUCGACAUAACACUGGUUAAUGCCCCCGCACUGUAUUGUAUUUCAAAUGAUAAAAUUACAUUGCUAGAUUUUAGGAGGAUGGUUGCUAGAGGGUAUCUUGCUUUAUCUUCAGAACUCUCAGAUGGAAAAAAGGAUGGAAGGAAUUCUUUCACUAAAGCAUCAAUUAAUUGUGUUCCUUUACUGUUAUCAGAAUAUCUGGUAAUUCAUUAUAUUGAACAGGACCGAAAAUGGUAA